GUUGAUGUUGGUUUUGGGAGAGUGUGACUGUUUUUCCACCACAACACCAGCUCUCCUCUUACCAACUACAUAUUCAGUUAAUCAAGCAUUUGAUGGAUCAUUUAAAAAAAUAAAAAUAUUUUCUAUUAUUUAUUACCUUAAUUCUUUUCUUAAAGAAUUAUUCUACUUUAAACUAGUAUAAAGAGAUUAAUUAUACUGGGUAUAAAGAUUGAGCGGUCCGAAAGUACGUAAGUAUUAUUUCAAAAUUUGAUGGCCUUAACGCUGUAAAAACACCUUCUUAACCAGAACAUUUUCUGUUUUUGUUUCUUUCUACUUCCAUACCGUUCCGAGAUAACUCCUUCAACGAUUAAGUUGUUUCGUAGAAGAAUAUUGUUUAGACUAAAAUAUUUUGUUCUUGUUACAUGCUUGUCUUUAUCGUUUUCUCUUUUUCUUUACUUUUAUGAAAACACUGUUGUAUUUAUUCUAUUCCUAUGAUUCAUGAGUUUCUUAACAGACGCUAAUGUCUUACGAAUGUUUUUGCCAUUAUCAAGUUCUUCGAUUUUGUGGCUAUUUAUAAUAGUAUUUUUUUUGGUCCAUCUUUUCUUCUGGGUCCUGGGAUAUUAUCUAAAAUGGCCCUUCACAAGGUUUGGAUUCUUUUCAAUAUACGGCCUAAGGCAUACUUUCUCUAAUGGUCAAAGUAUAUUUAUUUCUUAUUUCGGCAUUCGAUUUCAUCGUCCGUCUACUUCUAAUCCCCACUUAUUAAGUUUUAUAAUUAAAGGCGUAACUUAUACUCUAGAUCCUUUGGAUAUUGGUCGUAGCCAAGCUCGCGAAUCGAGUUCUACGUUGCCUUCGGGCAGUGAUUCUAAUUCCUCCAAGUACCUCUCCUGUGUUCUUGGAGAGCUAGAACAAAAAUGGCUUCAAUUCUUGCACACUAAUUGGAUAAAGUGGAUUCACAUUUCUUUACAGGAGUCACAAAUAGCUAUACCUACUGUUGGUACUCUCGAGGUAGGAAAUCUUUCUAGUGAAGUAUUAACUAGCAUGAAUACGAUGGAAAUCGAGAAUAAUGUGAAGCAAGAUGUGAAGGGUUCUCGUGUUGCUUUUUCUCUGAGAAUUUUGAAUUUGCUCUACAUUGAUAUCCAGAAAAAAAGUCAUCAAAUUACGGAUUUUUUAAACAUCAAUAUCACAAGUCAAUUUUCGGUUGACGAAGUUUACUCUCCCGUAAACCUUAGCGAAUUCCGUUGCUCUGUAAAGUUUGGAGUUUUGUUCUUCGAUUUGGAUAGUCCCUUAAUCAGUCUCAUGAAUCAACGACGAGUUAAAACAAGUGCACCUAAAAAUAGUACUUCUAUAAUAAAGGACAACAUUGAAGCAUUCAUACUGAAACUUUCAGAAGCUCAAAUCCAAAUCGGUACCAUAAAAUUAUGGAAACGUAAUGUAACAGGUCUUGGAGCUACCUAUGUUUUCAAUGGCAAUGACCUUGGUUUUACGCUUGAUUUGCUGAACAUGAAGAGCCCCUCUCAUCGAAUGUUUUUUUCGGCUGACACUAUUGUGCAUCAGAUAUUAGCGUCGAUAUUGUCCUUUAAUGUUGAAAACUAUACUCCAGGUCAUCCUCCCCAUAUUCUGCUGAAUAUCCCCCUAGUUACCAUCACUUGCUUAACAUCUUCGUUAGGACAGUUCGCCAUUGAUCCGAACAAGCCGGAAAAGUUACAGAAAAGUUGUUUACGUAUUAACAGUACGCUUACUUCUCCUUCUCUGGAUAUUCGCCUAGAGUUACUAGAUGAUGUUAUGUCUAUGUUUCCAAAAAACCAGCAUAAUUCAUUUACAAGGCGUUCAGAAAUUCCUUUCUUAUAUUUUCCUGAAACGAAAAUAUCCAUGUCGUUGUAUGAGCCGGUGGUGCGAUUCCUGAUAUCUUCUGAAUCAGAAUCUCACUUUCCAGGAAUGAUUGUUGCAAAUUUAUCUUCAAUGUUUCUAGAAUUUAAAUACCUGCUUUCGUCGGAGCACGUUUUUGUAAUAAACUCUUCUCUUCGGCUUGCUUCAAAUCAUGUUCUUUAUCAUAGUCCGGAAAACAGGAAAUGGUUAAUCAAUAGUUCUGAGACGAUUACAUUAACUUUUAAGUACAAUUACAAUGACAAUUUUGGUGCUGUGGAUUUAUCUUUGAAUGAGUUUAAAAUACGAAUCGAAGAAGAGGAGGUAGUUAAGUCUUUGAAAAAAUUCUUGAUCCUAUGGAAUUCGCGAUCUCUAAAGCCUUCCAACGGUAAAAAUGUGUCAAAAGAUGGGGCUGAUAUCUCAGUUCCUUUACUUUUCAAGUUUCCUUCUUGGCUGAAAAGCUUUAGAAUACAGGGAAACUCAAUUUUUUUUAUAAUUACAGCAAUUCGUCGUGAACUAUCAGAUGAUCCUCGUGGCAUAAGCUGUCAUAUUGAUCAGUUUGAUGGAUCAUGUGAACCAAGCAAUGGUUCCAAUUCUCUCGACACUCGCAAAUUUAACGUUGAUGUGAGAAUGACUCAAGUUAGGUCUAUAAUUAUUAAGGACAAGAAAACAACAUUUGAGCAUUUGCUACUUCAAAUUCCAAACUCGAGUUUUACAUACUCUUCGUUGUUUAAUAAUCAAGAGAACUCAUCUCGGGUGACUAUGGAAAUUGGAUUCCUCCGUGGAUUUUUGUCAUUGUUACACAACUGUUGCCUUUUAUACGCAUACCAAACUUCACAUUCUAUAUAUAGUGAUGAUACAAGCGAAAAUAGUGAAGAAAGAAGAGCUGUCGAUCAUACUAAGUCAAGCUAUAGCGGCUUUACUUUUGACUUAAGAAUAACCAAUACUCGUCUAAAGUUUGAUUUGGAUGACGAUAUUAAUCUUUUGCUUGAUCUUGGAAGAUUGACUUUCUUAAGACGUGACGAUAUGCCUUUUCCAGAAUUACAUGCUAAAUUCAUUCAAAUCCAUGCUCGUAAUCCCGAUGUUCCUGAAUUAUGGGAUAAAGUAUUUGCUCUCGGUGAUUUUCGUUAUCACAUUACAAAUGAAACCCCUAGGAAGCUACACUCAGUAACAUGUGAUUAUAUUUCUCUUCGUAUUCCGCACAAAUUUGUCCCUUAUCUUGUAAUCGAAAACGCCAUCAAUACAGUAAAGGCAGCAAUACGCGUUUCUAAUGAUCCUCUUACAAUUGACCAGCAACACGAAUUAGCUCAGCAACGAAAAAGGCCUCGUGUAGUUCCCCAUAUUAAUGUUAAGUCAACUAAUUUUAAGUUUGAACUUGAUGAUGAUCCCUUUGAAACACGAUUAGCAAUGAUUUAUCGCAUUGGUUUGACUGAGCAAAAGAUGCGAAUAGACCGUUGGAAUGCCUUUGAAGAAAGGUUGCGGUUGCUUCGUACCGCUAAGUCUCCUGAUGAUGCAAGCGAAUCUUCGUAUGAUACCUCCAAGUUGUUUGGUUCCAACGGUAGUUCUGAUGGUCCUAACGAAGGAGCCACGAAAAGGCGCCUCCAUGAUUUAGGGAAAACCUUCCAGGAUAUUCUAGGUAAUGAAGAUGGUGACAGUACUUCAUUCUUGGAAAAAGCGAAGAUAAGCGAAGAUGAAGCUUGUCAACUGUUGAAAGAAUAUGAUUCUUUGUCUUGGAUUUCAAAUAUAAGACGGAUUAGAGAAUUUAGAUAUAACCGUUUACAUAUGCGUAGAUUGAUUGAUUGGCCAGAAGAAAAUCUCGAAAAAAGCAUAUACUUUAAUGAGAAAUUGAUACCUAUACCGAUUCGACCGCCGCUUGCUGAUAUAGCGCUAAAUGGUUUUGACUUUACCUUGGACAAGCCCUCGUUUUCGCUUGAUGAUCUUCCGAAGUUUUUGAAUUUUGUUGGAAGUGGUCAGCCGCUGGAUUAUGGAUACUCGAUUUAUUUUCCAAUGUAUAUUGAUUGGAAAAUGAGUAAAGCCAAAUUUCGGGUUAGGGACUAUCCUUUACCGUUGAUAUAUAUUCCGAAAUUGGGUCAAAAUCAAGAUAGAAAUAUGCCCUCGUGGCAUUUUAAGAGUAACUUCAUUAUCACCGAGCAGCAGGCCUCGCUUGAGGCAAUCCGUGAUGUUACAGUGCCUGUGAUUUCUGGAAAAGAGUCUCUAUCUGGCAUACCGUACGCAGUGAAUGUUACUCGUACGGUUUCACCCAUAAAAACGUUUUCUGAUACUCAAAUUGAUUUUAACACCGCGCUUCCCACGUUCGUGUUAUGGUCAACAUCCUAUCAGCCUGCUAUUACAGACAUAAUACGUAUCUUGGAUACGUUCACAAAAAUACCUAUUGAUCCAUCGGAUCGUUUAGGUUUUUGGGACAAAAUGAGGUUAGUUGCUCAUUCGCAUGUUCGAUUUCGUUGGAAAGAAAACGGAGAUAUAUUUCUUUCCAUUAAGGGUUCCAGGGAUCCUUAUAUGAUACUUGGUGCUGGUGCUGGUUUCCAGUUCUGCUGGAGUGGGAAUGUCAAGUGGGAUAUCGCUUGUGAUAACAACCCAGCAAACUUUAUGGUUGUGGACAGUGAUGAGUUUUAUCUCACAAUACCUGAUUUUCCUCGUCAAAUAAAUGGAAUUCUUGAAGGGCAGCCAUUACCACCAAGGCAGUCUCAGCAUAAGAAUAAAACCCAAAUUACCUUAAAAGACAUGCGAUGCCGUAAAGUGAUUGCCAAAUUGGUUGGUAAAGUGAGAUGGCGAGCAGGGUUUAUACCUGAAAGGCACUGUGAAUCGGAUUGUAAGGUAUGUAAUGGUCAAUUCAAGUGUCGUAUAUGGGACUUUAAACCACAUUGGGAAAUAAAGACAAUGAUACCAAGAUAUUGUCAUGACAGCAAGUUUGGUGUUUAUGAUGCUUACCGCGAAUUCCGAAGUCAUUAUAUUCAUUGUUCCCUUGCUGUGGAGUCUCCACGGUAUUUGGAUUCUCAAGACACAUUUGAAGAUGUUAAAGCGUAUAAUACGAUACACCUGACGCCAUUGGUGUUUUCGCAUUUUUCCUUAUGGUGGAAUCUGUUCUCGAACAAUAUGUCAUAUUCUUUGAGGAGAAAGCCUCUCUUCCCCAGUUAUGAUAGUUCUUCGUCCAAAAGGUUUGGCAGACACUUGGCUACCUUUAAAUAUUCUUUAGAAUUAUCGCCGCUUCUAAUUAGCCAUAUGUAUAAUUACAAAACAAAUAAAAAUUGGCAGAAUAAGACAGCGAGUGCAACAGGGCUAAAAGCAAAAGUGGAGCAUUUCUCGAUUGAUUUACAUCAGCGUUCGGAGAAACAUGAGAUGAAAAAUAAAGCCGUUGGAAAAACUCAAGAGACCACUUCCAUGCGUGUUCAUUUGGCCGAAAUUGACUUCAAGACUAUCGACUUGAGAGCUAUUACUGCGUCUUUUGAUGAAGGUGCCUUAGAGACAUCCGAAUCUAUACCUGUCAAUGCUCUUGAUAGUAAAGAUAAAGAGUCAUUUUCUUUUAGGACAGUUGAGGGUCCAUCUUCUUGGGUCGAUAUCGAUGAUUUUCAUGAAGCUGACUGGUUAUUGCCUCAGCGAAAUGAAAAAUGCGCUAUUUACCCUCUCGCUUUUUCCCCAAGGUUUACUUAUUAUCGUCAUACAAAACCGCACGUCAAGAACGAAAAAAAUGAAAAGAAAAUAAUUGCUGAUACUUGCCGUUUUGGAGAUGAAAAAACGCACCGUUGCACGAUGCCUAGUAGGAAAAAUCCUAAAACUGUUCAAUAUGAGCUUCUCAAAAAACGAAGGGAGGAACUUAAUGAGUUCAUGAACUCAGAGAAAGAAAGAGCUCAGACUUUAGAGGACCUAAUUCGUUCUGAGUCCUCGCCGAAUCUGAAAGAGGAGUUUCAGUCCCUCAGAAAGAGAAUACUUACCUUGAAUGAUCACUAUCGAUUGUUAGGAUUUUUGUUAGAAAAUCCAAGAAACUCUUCCAAGACCUCUCAGAAUACACCCGGUCAAGUUGAUUUGUCAUAUGCAUCCUUGUCUGAAAGUGUCCAUGCUUUCAAUAACCGGUUUGUUGCCCAUAAUGUACAAAUUAAGUGGAAUAAUUUUGUUAGGAAUGCCGUUUUGUCAUAUGUCCAUGAGAUGGAAAGGGUGAGAGGAUUCGCAUAUUACAUGUCCCAAAAGGCAAUACGUUUCCUGCAAGAUCUUCAAAAAACGCCGGAAUUGUCUGGUGAUGAGAAUGUGGGAAAUUGCUCUGACAAUAACGAAGAAAGGGAAAAUGCCAGGUACCUCCUUAAGUUUUUACUCGACGAUGCGAAGAGAAAGUUCGUAGUGAAGACCGAUGAUAUUGCUGGAAAAAAUAAAUCUGAUGAUAACAAAAGAGACGGAGGUAUUAACAAGGGUCAUUAUGAUAUUAUUCAAAGCUAUGUCUUUAGAUUUAUUGCUCCUCAGAUACAAUUACAGUGCAAUAUGAACCCUAAAAAGGCUGUAAUUAUUUCUAUCCAAAGUCUUCAAAUAAAGAUAUUGAGUAUCAUUGAUCCCGUUUUUCCUGUCAAUGAUAUUAAUCAUCUCAUUGAACGAAGAUUUUUAUGCAAAGUUAACGAAUCCCAAUUUUUUAUCGCAGAUGCGAACGAUUUUAAAGUUUCUGACUCAACGACGCUGGUCUUAAAUAGAUACGGUUGUGAAGAUAAUUCGGUCUGGCCUCCUUGGGUCCCUUUAGAGACUACAUUCGAUUUUGUGCUAACGCCGGCCGCAUUUUCAAGGUUUUUACAUCGAGUUUCUUUUUCUGCUAUUUAUACGAAGCACAAUGAUUUAAGACUUAAAGAAACUGUUCAUUCAAACAGGACAUUUUUUGAGGACUUGGAUGUUCACACAGAUACUUUGACCUUUGAUAUUCCACGCGUGGUAUUUUCAACAGAUUCAUCACAGUAUUACGACUUAUUUACAAUAGUAACUAACCUACUUGUUUACAAAGAACCGUCUCAAAAACAACGCAAUCAACGAUUGGAAGAAAUUAUGCUAGCUGCCGAUUUUAGCGAUUUAACUGGCGCACCCGAGAUGGUUGCUAUAUUACAAGACAGAGUACAUUACUUGGAAGAGACAAAGUUGCAGCAUCAAUUACAUGACGUAACUUUUGGUGUCCAUGCUCAUAUCGCUCAACAGCUAUUCUUGCAGAAUGAGUUACAUCGCUGUGGGGAGGAGUUAUUUUAUUUGAUUGAAUCUAUCGCAGCCGUCCAAAGCCGAGGAAUAAAUCAGAAUAAAGCUAGGUCCAACCUUAGCUGGUUUUUAAUGGCUAAAGAAGUUGUUUGGCAUUUGCUGGAAGAUAAUAAAAGGCCGUUUUUGGAUGUUAGUUUACAGAAUGCCACAUUCAGACGCAUUGAAAAUACAGAUUCUUCAAAUUUAAAUACACUGGAAAUUGAAUCCAUGAAAGGUUCUAAUUUAGCUCCUGGUUGUCAGUUUGAAAACAUCAUAUGUCCUUAUCUUAAUACUGAAUUUUCCAACGAGCAGUUAUUACAACACAAAUUUAUUCGAAUUCACUGGGAAUUAUCGGAGGCCGUUGCAGGUAUUCAGGUGGUUCAGCAUUUCGAAAUUAAUUUGUUUCCUUUAAGCUUGCAAAUAGAGCAUGAAUUAGCAAGCAAAUUGUUUGACUUUGCAUUUCCUGGAAAUGAGAAUAAAGGUAAUCUCUUUAGCAUGUAUUCUAACCGGGCUGAAUCUUCAGAAGCAGCUAAUAAAAAGGUAGCUGAAGAAACACCCGGUCAUCUAGCUGAAAAUGAUACCUUAAAGAAUACCUCUUCGGAAGAGCUGGGAUUAGAGAAAUACUUGGAUUUGACCAGGGAAGGUAAAAGUGAGUUACAUGAAAUGCUGAAUCGUGCUGGAAGUAAUAUGUUAAUAGCUUACUUCAAAAUUCCUAGUGUUAUGUUACGAUUGAGUUAUCGUGGUAUGAGUGCUUUAGGUUUAGAAAACAUUACCGGGUUUGUUUUCACAGUUCCUACAAUAGAGUACCGAAAUGAGGUUUGUUCAUAUUUGGAUUUGGCUAUGUGGAUUAAACAUGACCUAAUCCGUGCGGUGCUUUCACAUUCUGGCAAAUUGCUCGUGGAUAAAGUAAAGGGUGGUCAUAAUAUUAAAGCGCAUGAGCGAGAAAUGUCUACGGAGUUAUUAAAUCUCCAGCAAUUCUCUGCUGAGCAUCACCAUCCCGUGAAUCUGGAAAGCAUGGCAAUGAACGCAGAGGAAUCAGCACGUCUUCAAGAACCUAUGAUUUUGGAUCAGUUAGAGGAAAACAGAUCGAUUGCUUCGGCAACUAGUAGGAACAUUGGCAGUACGAGGUCAUCCAUUGGAUCGCAAAGCCGUUUCUGGGCAUAUCAUGGUUCGCGAAGCAAGAAAUUAGCAGGUAUCAUCAAAAGACAUAUUCCGCAAGUGAAUUCUAAAAAAGGUAAAAACUCUCGUAGAAAGACUUCUGACGAAAAUGACAAAAAUCCUCUAUCUGAUGCUGGUGAUUACAUUAAUGAAGAACGAUAUGAACCCGUGAAACGAGAAUUAAUCCUUGGUGGUCAUAAUGUUUAGCAAUAGACAUAACCUGCGAUCAAGAAACAAGGUCUUUGUACCUAUUAAGGAUGAACUAUUUGCCUUCGAUAGUAAAUGUAAAUAACAUUUAUUAUAAAACACCAAUUGUGCCAAAUAUGUAUUUUAAAGCCAAAGCUAAAAUGAACGUUUAUAUGUUUCAAUUUCAGCGUAGAUUUUAUAUAUGUUUAAUUUUUUGGGGGUCAACAUAGAAUCAAGCAAUAAUACAAGGAAAGCACUAUAGAAUGAAAACCAUAUAACAAAC